AUGAUCUUCAAAACCUUUGUCGUUGUCGCACUCCUUGCGGUUGCCAACGCACGCCCUAACUGUCGCGCAGCUAGCUGCACCUUCCCCGCCCCGCUUUCAACCAGCAGUCUUUCCUCAUCCAAGACCAUCGAAGCUGGUGAAUCUUUUGAUGCACACCCACUGGGCGGAAACGUCAGGUUCGACCGAGGAUCCGGUGCGUGCGAAGGACAAACCGAAGAAGGCGAUGCUGCCGCUGUCUUCCUCCUUGAGGAGGGCACGACUCUGUCGAAUGUCGUGAUCGGGAACAGAUCAAGCAGAGGGUAUUCACUGUCUCGGAUCGUGCACGUUGACCAAUGGAAUAGUAGUGCUUAUAAAUUUAAAAUGAACGCGUACUCAUAUCAACAUUUUGCUGUGGUAGAGGAUGUUUGUGAGUCCAUUUUGCUCACGAACAGGAGCAGGACGCGAUCACCAUUAAAUGAGAGUCAGAAACCUCCACCAUCACAGGAGGAGGUGCCAAAGGCGCUGACGACAAGGUCGUCCAGCACAAUGGAGGUCGAAGACUUCGUCCGCUCAUCCUUAACGUGGUGUGAAUUUGCCCAGCACUCAACCUUUUCCAAUAUUAUCGCCUCUUCUGGAAGCACCUUGGCUGGAAUCAACUUUAACUACGGAGACACUGCCAUCUUCGACACGGAUACUAUUGGAACGGACGACGUCGACAGUAUUUGUGAUACCUACGAAGGCAAUGACACUGGUGAUGAGCCAACGAAGUUGACUUCUAAUACUUCUAAUGACUACUGCCAGUUCUAG